AUCCAACCCCGCACAGCAAAUUAAACCCACCUCCAAUCCACAAGGACAACCAUGACAAAAAUCCAUCGCAUCGGAUUUACGCCUUUAUUAGGAGGCAGUACGGGCGUUAGGGACGUGUCGCCCCGGGUCAACAUCAUCUUCGUGCACGGCCUCAGGGGACACCCGAGAUCCACGUGGGAGGCGAGCCAGGCAGCGAGCAGCAACGUUGCCGAAAUCGCGACGUCAUACAAAAAGACAGCAAGCAGGCGACAAGCUUUCAAGUCCCUUUUCACAGGGAAGAAAUCGCCAUCAGCUGCCGACGAGAAGAGCGGGGAGCCAUCUGCUAAGGUGUUCUGGCCCGAAGACUACCUUGUCGAGGACAUACCCGAAGCGAGAGUAUGGACGUACGGGUACAAUGCGGAUGUGAUUGGAGGCUUGUUUCAAGCAAACAAUCAGAACAGCGUAUCGCAGCAUGGACGGGAUCUUGCGACAAGGCUUGAGAGGGACCUCGGGAACGAGUAUCCGAUCAUAUUCGUGGCGCACAGCCUUGGCGGGAUUAUUGUAAAGGAUGUAUGUCUGGUCGUAGCUCUUUGAAAUCUUCUGUCAAAUACUAGAGUUCAUUCUAGGCCCUACACAGAUCCGAGUCAUGUCGCCUGCGAACGAGACUGAUUAUUUUCCUCGGUACGCCUCAUCGUGGAAGCUUGUACGUGAAAUGGGGCGAGAUUGCAUCGAACUUGGCUCGCCUAGCUCUUCAAGACACAAAUACGAGAAUCAUCGAGACGCUCGAGGUGAACAGCGAGGUUCUGGAUAACAUCCACGAAGAAUUUAUAGCCAUUAUAUGGGAGCUGAGCAUUCAGGUCCAUUCUUUCCAGGAGGCACGCGGCAUAGCGGGCAUGAGGGGACUGGACGGCAAAGUUGUUGACGACUUCUCUUCCAAGCUUGACCUUCCACGGCAAUUCGAAAAGGUUGAAAGCAUUGAUGCGGACCACAUGCAAAUGGCAAGAUGUGAUGAUAGAAGCGAUGUACGAUAUCGUACUUUUCGCGGUGUUCUCCAGCAGUGCAUUCUCAGCGAUAUGCUGAACAAAAAUGAAGCUCAAGCCGAAACAGGAGCUGCAGGCAGACUGGGUGGCAGUCUUGGUGUUCUUUCACCAGAACUUUCAAAGGCUUGCGCUUGUAGGUCUAGGCGGCAUUGGCAAGACGCAAAUUGCUCUCAAAUUUGCGUACUGGGUUCGGCAAGCAAAGCCAGAGUACUCCAUCUUCUGGGUGCCGGCGUUGAGUGAUGCGACUUUUGAGCAAGCAUGCGACGCUAUUGCAAGAAAGCUCCCUGCACAAGUGAUGGACAAGAACGACGACCUGAAAAGAGUGGUCCAGCGAUACCUGAGCUCAGGAAUAAGCGGACCAUGGCUUCUCGUCGUGGACAAUGCGGAUGAUGAGGACAUAUUUUUCGGCCCGUCAAACUCACCAGGCGGUCUAUGGGAUUAUCUUCCGGAUAGCGAAGGCGGCCUCACCUUGUUCACGACACGUUCCCGGAAGCUGGCGGUAGAGACCGAGGCCGACAUCAUUGAUAUACACGAGAUGGACUCCGAUGAAGCGAUGGGUCUUCUGGGGAAGUGGCUAUCCCAGAAUCAAUUGGUGGAUGCUGCAGCAGUGCGGAAGCUGCUGAAAGAGCUCACAUACCUUCCGCUAGCAAUCACGCAAGCAGCAGCGUACCUGAAUUCGACCCAGGUUUCAAUUGCAGACUAUCUACAGCUACUGCGCAGCACAGAGAAAGAUAUAAUCAAGCUGUUGAGCCGUGAGUUCCGCGAUGGCAAUCGAUAUCCAGGGUCGCAAAAUGCCGUGGCAACGACCUGGCUUGUGUCCUUCGAGCAGAUUCGCAAGUCCAAUCGUACUGCUGCUGAUCUGCUUGCAUUCAUAUCCUGCAUCGAGCCGAAAGCAAUACCGCGUUCUCUCCUUCCUAAUCCUGAGUCAGAAGAGACGUUCUACGCUAUUGGGACGCUACGUGGAUAUGCCUUUUUGGUUAGUCGGGAGGAUUCAGUCUUCGACAUGCAUAAUCUAGUGCACCUAGCAACACGAGCAUGGGUGGCAAAGCAAGGCUUCACAGCGCAAGUAAAAGAGACAGCAAUGCGUCAUUUGGAGAGGAUUUUCCCAUCUGAUGAUUUUGCGAACCGAAAUCUAUGGAGAGACUACCUGCCACAUGCUCUGAAACUAUUCGAAGAAAGUAAAGACUUGGAUAUAAAAGAAGCAGCAGACUUAUAUGAACAGGUUGGCCGAUGUCUGAGAGUGGAUGGGCGGGUUAAGGAAGCUGUGGCAUGUUUGAGAAAAUGCUGCUUGUGGAAGGAAAGCAACUUCUCUGACGAAACCCACCCUUCUCGACUCGCAUCACAGCAUGUGCUUGCAGGAGCUUAUCAAGAAAACGGACAGGUGAAGGAGGCUGUUGAGCUGCUGGAGCAUGUGGUGAAAAUUCGGGAAACAACACUUGAUGAAACCCACCCUUCUCGACUCGCAUCACAGCAUGAGCUUGCACGAGCUUAUCAAGCAAACGGACAGGUGAAGGAGGCUGUUGAGCAUGUGGUGAAGGAGGCUGUUGAGCAUGUGGUGAAAAUUCAGGAAACAACACUUGAUGAAACCCACCCUUCUCGACUCGCAUCACAGCAUGAGCUUGCACGAGCUUAUCAAGCAAACGGACAGGUGAAGGAGGCUGUUGAGCUGCUGGAGCAUGUGGUGAAAAUUCAGGAAACAACACUUGAUGAAACUCACCCUUCUCAACUCACAUCACAGCAUGAGCUUGCACGAGCUUAUCAAGCAAACGGACAGGUGAAGGAGGCUGUUGAGCAUGUGGUGAAAAUUCAGGAAACAACACUUGAUGAAACCCACCCUUCUCGACUUGCAUCACAGCAUGAGCUUGCACGAGCUUAUCAAGAAAUUGAAUAA